UUUCAUUUCGACGAAACAACAAUCUUUCGUUUCCAUUAUUAUUGGCAGUUUAUGUAAAGCAAAUCGUAUGUUUAUUAUAUCUUCUGGAAAGCCUUCAGUGAAGUUAUAAGUUACAUAUUUACUUAUAUUAUGAAAAAUUCGAAGAAUUCCUUGAUAUAAGACAAAACAUGAAACCAUAAGAUGACUACUCAACCAGUUGGAAUACUUUCACUUCAACUUAGUGAUAAUCCUCAGUUAAAUGAAUUCCAUUGUAGAAAAGAUGCUCUAACAGACUUUUUUGGAUGGAUGUUGCAAGUACUUUUGGCAUGCUUAGCAUUCACUUGUUUAGUUGCAAAGAGAUUUUGUGAGCCCCCUCACAGAAGGAGAUCAUGGUUGAUCUGGUUUUACGAUACUUCUAAACAAGGAAUGGGUGCUAUGGCUAUUCAUCUGAGCAACGUUUGGUUGGCUGGUCAAUAUCAAGGAGAUCCCUGCACUUGGUAUUUCAUCAACUUUCUUCUGGAUUCCUCUUUAGGAUUACUUAUCAUUUUUAUUGGUAUUCGCUCUGCCCAGAUUCUUUCAAGAAGAAAAGGUUGGGAAUCGAUUAAUUUUGGUGAAUAUGGUAAACCUCCAUCUACUUAUUAUUGGUUUGUUCAGUGCUCAUUAUAUGUUGGCCUGAUGAUGGUAGUGAAAGUACUAAUCACACUGUUCAUGCAAAUGGAUUUUUGGGAGAACGUUAAAGACUUCAUGUUAUACCCAAUAAAUAAUCAGAAUUUAGAAGUGACUUUAGUUAUGCUGGUCAUUCCAUUUUUUGUAAACAUUUUGAUGUUUUGGGUUACUGACAAUUUCCUGAUGUAUAAAGAUCGUAGAUCUGCCAGAAGGACAAGCCUAGACAGCUUUUUACAAAGAAGUAGACUCAGGUAUCGUUCCAUCAAAAAUAAGUUCAGAAGAAACUCUGAAAAUGAUAUAUUAUUAUCAGGUGAUGAUGAGCUAUUAAGCAAUGAAUUAAACCAUAAUAUGAAAAUUGUUAUAGCAUAGUAUGUCUUGUUACAUCUUUUUAAUGCCACAUACUACCCAAAUUAUUUGGUAUAUCUGUUCCUAUCAAAUGUUUUUGAAUAUUUAGGAAAUUGUUAUAAUAGUAUAUUUGGAAGGAAUAUCAAAUGACUGAAUGUGGUGAGUAAUGUGUACCUCAAUAUUAUUUAUAUUAUAUAUAUAUUUAUUUAUAUACAUCGAUGAUUCAGAAGAUCAGGUUGAAUUGAAAACAAUAUUCUAUUGGUUUUCAUUUCUAAAAAUUAAAGAUUAAAAUAGGGAGAAUAUUUAGGUUGCUAUAAAAAAAAAUAUUCCUAUUCUUCUAAUUAUGAAAUUUAAAAUGUGACAAUAUCAAGAAGAAGAAAUGUAUCAAUUUUUAAUGCCUUUUCUGAUAAUUUUCAAUUUUUUUGCUAUAUCUCAUGUAAUCAAUAUGGGGAUUGAAAAAAAAACUCCUGAGUAGGGCGAGAAAUUCAGUGAUGUUUACAGGGUGUCCUACAGGAAAGAUUUCAAUCAAAUAUUGGAUCUGUUUGAAAUUUUAUGCAAAGACAUAAAGUAGAUGUAUAUAUUUCUUUUUGAGAACUACUUUUGAACAUGUAGUAAUAUACAGUGUGUUCUAUUUGAAAUAAGCCAGUUAUUACCCCUUCUUAUAUAUCUGAAAGUCUACUCCUGGUAGAACACCCUGUUUCUUCCUGAAAAAAUCAAUAUUGAUUAUAACCAAAAAAAUGAUUGGAAAUUUAUUAAUUUUAGAACUGAAUUGAAUGAGGCCAAGUUAUUUCUGAGGGGGCCAACUAUUCGAAGAUAGUGCAAAAAGUAAUAUAUGUACAUUUUUCUAGUCAAUAACUCUUAUUGUCUAUCUGCAUAGCCUACUCUGAAUUACCGAGAUAUGAAUUUCAUGGAGUUAGAAGUACUGAGUUUUGGGACUACUAUAAUAAUCAAUAAGUUGACUCGUAUAUUAUUUGAUUGAACUAUCAAUCGGUGAUAAUUAAUGCUAGGCCAAAUUCGCUUGAAUUUAUUCAAAAUAUAUCAGCCAAAGUUGAAGAUGGGAAACAAAGAAUUGUAAAGCAAUAAAAAAAUUUAAUAUGGUAGGUUUUCAUUUGAUUAACUGGCAAAUAAUUUCAGACAUUUUAUUGAAGUGAUAUUUAUUUGUAUAUUCUGUGAUUGUUAUUGUCCUCUGACAAAACAUUUUAUUUUUUAAUUGCAUUUCAACAUUAUAAGAAUAAAAUUUAUUUUCU